CAAACAGGGGAAUUUAUAGCUGAUUAAUGAAAUCUACUUUCACUUUCAUUUUGAGUACAUUUUAUACUUCCCCCCCCCCGCCCAGUCUAUUGGGAACAGCAGACCGUUCGUCGGUGGUUGUCGGAUUGAAAGUCUUUUCAGCUCCAGCAGACAGGUUGUUAACAUGAGUUCUGACACCUACAUGCAGAGUCCUGUGUGUCUGAUUGAAAACACCCAGAAGGGGAAACUGGUGAUCAAUGAGGAAGCCCUGCAACUUCUCUCCAAUAUUAAUGAGACGGUGGUGGUUGUAUCUGUCGUGGGAUUUUACAGGACUGGGAAGUCCUACUUGAUGAACCGAUUGGCUGGAAAGACUCACGGUUUCUCUCUCGGAUCAACUGUCCAAUCCCACACCAAGGGGAUCUGGAUGUGGUGUAUGCCUCAUCCUAAGAAGCACAAUCACUGCUUAGUGCUCCUGGAUACAGAAGGUCUGGGUGAUAUUGAGAAAGGUGAUCAGAAGAACGACUGCUGGAUCUUCUCUCUGGCUGUGCUCCUGAGCAGCAUGUUUGUGUACAACAGCAUGGGAACCAUUGACCAGUAUGCAGUGGAGAAACUCCAUUUUAUUUCCAAUCUGACGGAGCUCAUCAAGGUGAAGUCCAAUGAAGGAGAUGAUGAUGAUGAUGAAGAGCUAGACUUAUUGAAGAUCUCUCCGGCCUUUGUUUGGACAGUGCGGGAUUUCACCCUGGAACUGAAAAUCAAUGGCCAGGAUGUCACGGCAGAUGAGUAUUUAAACCAUGGGCUUCAACUCAAAAAAGGUUUCUCCAGAAAAGUGUUGGAACACAACCAGCCCCGUGAGUGCAUCAGGAACUAUUUCAGGUCUCGCAAGUGUUUCGUGUUUGUUCAGCCAACGACCAGUUCGAAUCUAAACCAGGUGGAAAAGCUCCCGGAAAGUCAGCUUGACCCCAAAUUUGUUGACAUGUGCCAUGAGUUCUACCAGUACAUCCACCUUGAAUCACAGCCUAAGACAAUCAAAGGUGGUCACAGGAUCAAUGGUAGAAAGUUGGCAAUCUUAGCUAAAACCUACGUUGAAACUAUUGCCAGUGGGAUGGUACCUUGCAUAGAGGAUGCUGUUAGCAGCAUGGCUAAGAUUGAAAAUACAGCUGCCCUCAAAGAUGGCCUCGCUCACUACAAACAACAGAUGGACCUGAUAAUGAAGAUACCAAGUGAAACUGAAGAGCUGGCAAAGAUGCACACACAGUGUCGGAAAGAGGCCAUUGACCUCUUCAUGAGGAGGUCCUUCAAUGACCAAGAUCAGGCUUAUUACAAGCAGAUGGUGGCCGAUGUGCAAGCACAUUAUUUGGAGCUUUGUGGCAAGAAUGAAGCUGCUUCCAUGGAGGCGUGCACCAACCUGCUGGAGACCCUGUCCACCGAGAUGGAGGAGAAACUGCGAGAGGGACUUUAUGCUCAGCCCGGUGGCUAUCGAGUGUAUGAAGAGGAUCGCCAGAAGAUGAUUCUGCAAUUCCACUCCGCCCCUGGAAAGGGGAAUAAGGCCGAAGACGCCUUGAACAAGUUCAUGAAACGCAAAACUCCGGAAGCUGACUCCGUGCUGCAGGCCGACAGGAUGCUGACAGACAAGGAUAGGGAACUGGCAGCUGAGCAGCAGAGAGUCACUGAGGCCAAACAAGAGACAAAGGCACAGGAAGAGGCAGUGAAAACCCUGGAGAAGAUGAGGGACAACGAGAGGAUGUUUCAUCAAGAGAGUGUCAAACACCUGAAGCUAAAGAUGGAAGAAGAGAAAGAGAACUUGCAGAGGGAGCAGAAGAUAGCACUGGAAAGCAAAUUGAGAGAACAGAAGGAACUAGCAGAGAAGGAGUUUACAAUGAAAGCUGAGAUGAUGGAGGAACAGAUCAAGGCACUAAAGGGGCAACAUGAAUCUGAUGACUCAAUCUCUAAAUAUGAAAGGAUUGCUAGGAUAGCUCAGAGCUUUCUAGAAACUAUGGUUAAUGCUUAUUCAUCGCACAAAACCUUGAAACUGUUGGCCAAGAAAUAAUCUUCAAGUGCAUAACCCCGCUGUUUCAGGGUAGGUACAGUUCUGACACAGGAUUUCUUGGAAUAGGAUUUAGCCGACACUGGUUGGCUAGUAAUUAUCUGACGAUUGGUGGGUGGGUGUGCGGGAGCAUUAUGGGGGGGUGUAAACCCGAUCACAUGGCCUUAAUAGAACUUGCUUCAUCUUCAUACUGCUGGGAAAAAACAGUCAAACAAAGCACUAGGCUUUAUUUCUAGAGGAAUAGAAUUGAAAAGGAGGGAAGUUCUGCUGAGCCUGUAUCAAACCUUGGUUAGAUCACAGCUCUGACCACCAUAUUAUAACAAGGAUAUAGAGACACUGGAGAGGGUUCAGUGUAGAUUUACAAAGACAAUCCCAGAAAUGUGAGGGUAUACAUAUCAGGAAAGGAUUGACAGGAUGGGUCUCUUCUCUCCUGAAAAAAGUAGGCUGAGUGGUGACCUAUGUUUUACAUAGGAUUACAUAUACUUCACAUAAACAGGAAAUUUGGCUCAACCAGUCUGUGCCAGUGUUUAUACUCCACUUGAGCCUCCUCCCAUCUUUCCUCAUCCAAAUCCAUCAUCGUAACCCUUUAUUCCCUUGUCCCUCAUAUCCUUGUCUAGUUUCCCUCUGAAAUACACCUACACUAUUCACUCCAGCCACUCCCUGUAGUAACAAGUUCCACAUUCUCACCAUUCUCUGGGUAACGAAGUUUCUCCUGAAUUCCCUAUUGGAUUUCCUGGUGACUAUCUUACAUUGAUAGUCUUUAGUUAUGCUCUUCCCCACAAGAGGAAACAUUCUCUCUGUAUAUCUCUGCUAAGGUGAAACAUGUACUGGUUGAUGUAACCAACAUAAUUAUUUCUUCAAAAAAGAUAGGCUUGAUGCAGAAUAAUAGAAAUCUAUCCUUAGCAAAUGCCUCUCAUAAUUGUUAGCCAUUGCACCAAAUAUGAAAAUUCUCACAGUGAAGGCAAUCACACUUUAAUCUGGUGCAAAAAGCUGGUGUAGGCCUGACUUUGGCUGAAUACAGCAGAGCUUUGUAAAUCAGUUAAAAAUAGGGGAUUAACAUGGUGCAAAGUAUUUAUCAUUCUGCUCCAAAUAGCUGGUGCAUUUAAUAUGUUAUAAACUGUGCUUUUACAAUUGAGGUAAUGUUGGACACUUCACAUGAUUUGCCUGAUGUGGCGGGUGCUUAUGAUAAGUGUGGAUGGUGUAAGUGGUGGGGACUGUAUUUCAAAACAUCCUUGCUUCCUGUAGCAAAGUCACAGCUCAGAGUAUCCAUUUCAAAUUGUCUAUGUUUGGCUGUUAAUUAUAGCAAGAAUUCCUCUUGUCAAUGUGUAUCGCUUUCCCUGUUUUCUGUAAAAAAUUGACUGCACAUUUUCUCUGAUUCUAACUUUAUUGUAGUUCAACCCUUUCGUUCAGUUAGUUACAAUUUCACUCCAUUGAUAUUACAAAAUAAAACAUAUAAACUGACAAAA